GGCAGCUGCCUUUGUCUCUGGGAAGACCAGGGUCACAGGAGCUUAGGGCACAGCAUUGAGCCCUCUAAUGGACGCAUCCUUCCAGAGGACAUGCGGGUCAUUUCCAUCCCUGCCCAUCAACAACUUCAGCUCCUCCUGAAACAUCUAAUUAGAGAUCAACUAGUGACACCAGAGAUACAGGACUGCACAAAAACCCAAGGAAGGACUGAUGCCCAGCUGGAUUUCUAUAUACCAAAGGGAAACACAACUCUGGAUUUGGGAAGCCCAGAAACUCCCUUCGAUGGUGACAUCAAGAUAAGGACAGUGCAAAGGAGGACAGAGCAGGCAGCAGACACCAUGGCGCCCCGCACAGCCACUUCCUUCAUAGGGAUUGUUCCCUGGCAGGGGCUCCUGCUUACAGCCUCACUUUUGACCUUCUGGAGCCCACCUACCACCGCCCAACCAGUUGUUCAAGCAAUUCCUCCCAAUGUUGUUGAAGGAGAAAAUGUUCUUCUACAACUCAUCCAUGCGGCAACAAAUCAUUGGGGCUACAAGUGGUACAGAGGGACAAUAGUUGCUUCCGACAUGAUGAUUGCAACAUUUUCCAAAGUCAGUGAACAGAAUACUACAGGAAAUGCAUACACCGGUCAAGAAAUAAUAUACUCCAAUGGAUCCCUGCUGAUCCGGAACAUCACCCGAGAGAACGCAACAAACUACAUCGUGGAGGUUAUACUAGAUGAUUUGAUAGUUCUUCAGGCAUCUGGAGAAUUUCGUGUAUAUUCACCUGUGUCGCAACCCUCCAUCAGCACCAGCAGCGGCACGCUCACAGAAGACGAUUCUGUGGUCCUGGACUGCCACUCAAGGGACACUGGAAUCACCUUCUCGUGGCUCUUUGAAAAGCAGAAGCUGAGGCUCAAUAAGAGAAUGAGCCUGUCCACCAUAGGCAACUCCCUUACCAUCAGCCCUGUCAAGCCUUGGGAUGCCGGGGAGUAUCAGUGUGAGGUCUCCAACCCUGCCAUUUCCAAAAGGAGUGAAUCCCUCUUUCUAAGUGUGACCGGUAAGCCAACAAAACCAGAGCCUGCUGAUGCCUCGAUGUUGCCCAAUAUCAGUACAAUGCUUGUAGCUCUAGCUAUUUUGAUUCUCAUAAGUGCCAUGGCAUACAACAUUUUUUUCCGACAAAAGUGAUGGUGAGGAACCCAAGGUAGAAGAAGCUGAAUAAGCUAUGCCGACAGAGCCUCCAGAGCAAGAAGAGUAACCAGAAUGAUCUCACAGAGCACAAACCCUCAGUCUCCCAUCGCAGACCAGGCCUCUCUGAUAACUCCCCUGACAAGGUGGAUGAAAUUGCAUAUUCUUCCCUGAACUUCAAUAACCUGCAACCAAAGCAAUCAACUUCACACUCCCUGGUCUCUACAGUAUCAGAAAUAGUUUAUUCAGAAGUGAAAAAGAAGUGAUGCAACCUAUCCUGUCACAGCACUGCUGACCUACUCCAUGGCCUCCCUGGAGAUUUCUUUACACUUGGAGGAAAAAGAAAAUCAGCCCCCUACUCUGUCAUCCCACAUGCAGCACCUCCAGGCUGCAAGGCCUUCCUCCAAUGUCAAUAAAUGAAAAGCAACAUC